AUGGGGAAAAAGUCGCACUGGCUUAGUGAGGCCUCAGGGGUUGAGACAUUGCUGAAACACCUCCAAGAGACCAUCGGCGAACCAGCACUACCAGAGGUGGGCAACUUCCUCCGGCUCUACUUCAAGACCCUUCGCCGACAACGAGGAGAAAGCAUGACCGCAUUUUGCGUGAGGCAUCGAGAGGAGUAUGAGAAGAUGUGUCGCUCCUUGGCACGAAUGAUGAAGGAACAAAAGAAAGACACCAAGUGGAGGGGGUUGGUGGUCACACACCAGUGGUAUCAGCAGAACUACCAGCACUCCAACUGGGGAACAACCUCGGGACUACAAGAACAAGACGAAGAUGAACCAGUGGAAAUCCUACCAGAUGCAGUACUUGGUUGGAUGCUGCUGGAGAAGUCGGGGUUAGAUGGAUUGGAGAAAAGCAUCAUCCAGGGGGAGAUCAAAGGGAACUUCACUCUGGCAGGGAUUGAAAAUGCUCUUCGAGCUCAUUGGGGAGACGAUGCCAUCAAAAAGAGAGAUGGAGAAGCCAAACACGCCCUAUUUCAUGAAGAUCAACAAGAGGAUGAACCAUCACCUCAGGAAGAAGAAGAAGCCUACUUUGAAGGAUGGGCGGAACACGAAAUCGCCUGGUACCAAGAAGCCAAGAAUGAAGAACAAAAAGCAUGGAUUCAAUUUCAAGGAGCAAAGAGGACUCUCCGUGAAGCCAGAGCCCGACAGCACGAAGUCAAGAUGUCCCGGAAGUUCUACAAGACCUCCUAUCCCAUCGGGGCAGGAAAGAGCUUCCAAAACCGAGGCGCACCACCGACAAAAGGUCCCUGCUUCCUAUGCGGGGAACGAGGGCAUGUGAAAAGUGAGUGUCCGAAGCGACAAAGUGCCCAGUACACCGAGGACAAUGAAGAGGAACAUGUACACUACACCUUCCACACGACCGAAGAGACACAGGAAGGGGAAGACCCGGACUUUGAACAGGGCAACAACUAUGAGAUUGACUCCGAGCAGGGUGACAACUACUUCCUCGAAGAGACCUAUGGUGAAGGAUCUUCAGAGCUUGAGCCAGGGGAAAUCUUCCAUGCGGCUAAAGUCUACAUUAGUACUGAAGCCGCAGUCGACCAAGGCAAGGCCAUCUUGGACGGUGGAGCCACCCGAACUAUGGGAUCUCUCUACGCUCUGGAACGCUACAUGCAAAACAUGCAAGAGGCUCAUGGCACGGACGGGGUCAAGGAGAUCCGUACUUCAGAAGCUGACCGACCCAUCUUCGGGUUCGGCAAUUCACAAAAGUCCAAGUGCCUGUCGACUUGCCAGGUACAGCUGCCCAGCGAAGACAGAUCAAUGUCACUGCAGGUACACGUGUUGGAAGAAGGUCGAGCCCCAGUCCUACUUUCAGUGGACUCACUACGGAAGAUGGGAGCCAUCAUUGACUUCCGAAACGACAAGGCAGUGUUCACCACAGUGGCACCACGAUCGCUCGUCUCACUGGAACGUUCAUCAUCCGGACAUCAGCUGCUCCCUCUGACGAGAGACUUUUUGAAGGAGGGAAAAGGCCUCCGGUUUCCUGUACGUAGCUUAGAGGAUUUGAUUUUCCGGCGAUCUCAAACCGCCGCCACCGAAGAAUAG